AAUAAUUGGGGGAUAAUUCGCACACUCUUCUCUAGCAUACACUACUCCGCUGUUUCCCUCCAGCAUAUCCCUCCAUUCCCUGCAGCAGAUGCCGAGACGGUCGCCAUGAUGAUGUCGGGUUUUGCCUGCAGCAGCAGCAGCGAGCUGUGAGAGACAGACACACACACACACACACACACGGGCGACCGGGAGCGGAGCAGCGGAGUCCUCCAACCGAAGCGGACGAGGACGCGUAUUUCCAGCCCUUCGCCGCAAAGCCGCUGUCGACAAGUGCAUAACAGUUUUCGAAAGCGAGUCUCGCUCCCUCCGCCGGCCUUUCGCAUUCACACGAAGAGAGGAAUUUAAAGGAAAAAACAGCUUGCUAAGGCUUUCGCAGUCCUGCCAGAGGAGGGGCAUACGGGGCUUUGUAGCAAUGCAGAUCCCGUGCUGCCGAUGCGCUUUUGUUACUGCAUAAUGGAUAACCACAGAUAUCACCGUAUCUCAGGGGAUUGCUUUAAACUUCUUUGGUGACUUGUUUUGUGAAAAGUGUCGUUCAAAGGAGAAGCCGAUAUACGCAAGCCCUAGGUUAUAUACGUCAAAUCCACCGGCCGGGGCAGGGUCGAUGGCUGUAAGUUCUCUACAUCUAAGGACUGUGCCUUCGUGAUGUUGUGGAUUGAUUUGGACGCAUCGGUGCGAGAGGGACCAUGAUUAGGCUGGACAAUAUUUUCUGAGCCGUUAAGUUUUUUUUUUUUCCUGGAGCGUUCACUCAACUGUGCCACUGGCCGGUCUCGUUUGCUACCGUGGGAGCAAAUACCGACCACACCGUGAGACAUCAGCAGCAGCCGAAACCAUGUCCGGAGAGGUGCGUUUGAAGAAGCUGGAGAAGCUGAUUCUAGACGGGCCGUCUCAGUCCAACGGCCAGUGCUUCAGCGUGGAGACCUUGUUGGAUAUUCUCGUCUGCCUGUAUGAUGAGUGCAACAAUUCUCCCCUCAGGAGAGAGAAAAACGUCCUGGAGUUCCUGGACUGGGCCAAACCUUUCACAUCCAAGGUGAAACAGAUGCGCUUGCGCAAGGAAGAUUUUGAGAUCCUGAAGGUGAUUGGACGGGGAGCGUUUGGAGAGGUUGCAGUAGUAAAGGUGAAAAAUACAGACAAAGUAUUUGCCAUGAAGAUUCUGAACAAAUGGGAAAUGCUCAAAAGGGCUGAGACGGCAUGUUUUCGGGAGGAACGGGAUGUGCUGGUGAACGGGGACAGUCAGUGGAUCACGACGUUACACUAUGCUUUCCAGGACGAGAACAACUUGUACCUGGUGAUGGACUACUAUGUAGGGGGAGAUCUGUUGACUCUGCUCAGUAAAUUUGAAGAUCGUUUGCCUGAAGACAUGGCCAAGUUCUAUCUGGCUGAAAUGGUCUUAGCUAUUGACUCUGUGCAUCAGCUACAUUAUGUUCACAGGGAUAUUAAGCCAGACAAUAUCCUGAUGGACAUGAACGGUCACAUUCGGCUGGCUGACUUCGGCUCCUGCCUCAAGCUCAUGGAAGAUGGGACUGUCCAGUCCUCUGUGGCAGUCGGGACCCCAGACUACAUCUCUCCAGAGAUCUUGCAGGCUAUGGAGGACGGGAAGGGGAAGUACGGGCCGGAGUGUGACUGGUGGUCUCUCGGUGUGUGCAUGUACGAGAUGCUGUAUGGAGAGACACCCUUUUAUGCUGAAUCACUGGUGGAGACCUAUGGAAAGAUCAUGAAUCAUAAGUCAUCUCAACCUAACAAUGAGGAGCGCUUCCAGUUCCCACUUCAGGUGACAGAUGUGUCUGAAGAGGCUAAAGAUCUCGUACGGCGGCUGAUCUGCAGCAGAGAACACCGGUUAGGCCAGAAUGGGAUCGAUGACUUCAAACAGCACCCGUUUUUCUCAGGCAUCGACUGGGAUAACAUCCGCAUUUGUGAAGCCCCCUACAUCCCUGAAGUCAGCAGCCCCACUGACACUUCCAACUUUGAUGUGGAUGAUGAUUGCCUCAAAAACUGUGAGACACUGCCCCCACCUUCACACACAGCAUUUUCUGGACACCACCUCCCAUUCGUAGGCUUCACCUACACAAGCAAAUGCACACUGUCAGAUCGAGGGUGUCUACGGGAGUCCAUUGGACCACCGCAGGUAGAUGCUGAUCUUCAGCGAAGCCUGGAGGAGAGCCUAGCCUCAGAGGCCUAUGAGAGAAGGAUUCGACGUCUAGAGCAGGAGAAGACCGAACUUACCCGUAAACUACAGGAGUCCACGCAAACAGUGCAGGCACUGCAGUACCCUGAUUCAGACGCCCCAGUGAAUGCCAAUAAAGAGGUAGAGAUCCGGAGUUUAAAGACUGAGAUCGACAUCCUGAAGAAACAGAUAGCAGACUCUGGUCAACUGGAACAGCAGUUGGAGGAGGCCAGCACAGUUCGAAGAGAUCUGGAAGACUCGUCUAAGGUCAUCAGAGGCUUAGAGAAACAUCUGAAGGGUGUCGUGCAAGAGAAAGAUGAUCUACACAAGGAGUUUCUGGAGUUGGCAGAGAAGGUGAAGGCUCAGGGAAAGGAGUUAAAGGAGGCUCACAGUCAAAAGAAGAUGGCCAUAGAGGAGUUCUCUGAGCUGAACGAGCAGCUGAGCGAUCUGCGCUCACAAAAGCAGCGGUUGAGCCGACAGUUCAGAGACAAAGAGGAGGAGAUGGAAGGAGUUUCGCAGAAACUAGAGGCUCUACGGCUAGAGAUUCGCAAAGCUGAGAGAAUGCGCAAAGAGUUGGAGGCCCAGGCCGAGGAACAAGCAGCAGAAGCUCAGAAAGAGAGGAAGCUACGAGAGAGAACUGAGCAGUACAGCAGACAGUUGGAGGAGGAGGUGGAAGUGAUGAAGCAAUUGAAACAAGCUGGACCUCCUCACGCAGCGGCAGGCUCAGACCAACAACAAGAGCUGAUGCGCAUACGGGCCGAGCUGGAGAAGAAGAACGUGCAGUACGAGGAGGAGUUAUGUCACAGAGAGACGCUCCACAGCAGCGAGCUGAAGGGCCUGAAGAAGGAGCUACGCGAUGCUGAGGGUCAACACCUCACUCUCCAGAAAGAGAUUCUCAUGCUCAAAGACAAACUGGAGAAAACACGCAGAGAAAGCCAAAUUGAACGAGAGGAGAUUGAGAUGGAGUGCAAGCAGAAGUACGAGAGGGAGAGAACCCAUCUGACAGAUGAAAACAAGAGGCUCGCGAGUGAAGUGGAGAACCUGCACUCUGUGUAUGAGCAGGUCAGCAGUAGUCACAGGCAGCUGGAAGAGGAGAUGAGAGAGUUGGCUGAUAAGAAGGAGAGCGUUGCCCAUUGGGAAGCCCAGAUCACAGAGAUCAUCCAGUGGGUGAGCGAUGAGAAAGAUGCUCGUGGUUACCUCCAAGCUCUAGCCACAAAAAUGACAGAGGAGCUUGAAGGGCUCAGGAACACCAGCUUGGGAGCCAGAGGAACGGACAUGCCGUGGAAGAUGAGGCGCUUUGCUAAGCUGGACAUGUCUGCGCGUCUGGAGCUGCAGUCUGCGCUGGAUGCCGAGAUCAGAGCCAAACAAUCCAUCCAGGAUGAGCUUAACAAAGUCAAAGCAUCCAACAUUGCAACAGAAUGCAAAUUGCAAGAUUCCGAAAGUAGAAACCAGGAGCUGCUUGCAGAAAUUGAGAGGCUGAGGAAGGAGACAGAGGAGCUGAGGCUGAGGAGAGGAGUGAAACAUCAGGAUUCCCAGAAUUCUUUCUUGGCAUUCCUCAAUGCACCCACUUCUGCUCUGGACCAGUUUGAUCGAUCUCCCUCUUUUGGUCCUGGAAGCAAAACCAGACGUCUUGACUCGGCAGAUUUUACUCCCUCCAACACUCCGUCACGAGAUGAAGACUCAAGAUCCCGUCGUAUAUCACGCUCACGCUCUCCAUCCACCGCCAGUGACAUGGAGCCUAUUGAGUUGAUUGACCACACGUCACGUAGUCUUCAGACUCCAACAGGCAGAUCAGGCUAUGGGAGCUUGGGACACUCAUCACCUAAGCCCAAGGCACACCAGUUUAGUGUGAAAACCUUCACCAUUCCCACCAAAUGCGCCCAGUGUACCUCUCUGAUGGUGGGACUUAUCCGCCAGGGCUGCACCUGUGAAGCCUGCAGCUUCUCUUGUCACGUCACUUGUGCUGAUAAAGCACCCUCUGUGUGCCCUGUCGCACCUGACCAAACCAAGGGCAAACUGGGAAUUGACACUCAGAAGGGCAUUGGGACUGCAUACGAGGGCCAUCUUAGAAUACCAAAGCCCACAGGAGUGAAAAAGGGUUGGCAGAGGGUCUGGGCAGUGGUAUGUGACUUCAAACUUUUCCUGUAUGAGCUUGGAGAAGGAAAAGGCGCCCAGCCUGGUGUUAUAGUUAACCAGGUCAUUGACAUGAGGGAUGAAGAGUUUUCCGCCAGCUCUGUUCUGGAGUCUGAUGUUAUCCAUGCCAACAAGAAGGAUAUUCCUUGUAUUUUUAGGGUAACAGCAUCUCAGCUGUCCGCCUCCUCCAGUCAGAAGACAUGCAUCCUGAUCCUUGCCGACAACGAGCAAGAGCGGACGAAGUGGGUGUGCGCUCUAAAUGAACUGCACCGCAUCAUGAGGAGAAACAAGCUGAAGGAGCGCUUUGUGUAUGUGCCUAAAGAAGCGUACGACAGCACCCUUCCUCUCAUUAAAACCACCCAGACUGCUGCUAUUAUAGACCAUGAACGGGUUGCUUUGGGGAAUGAGGAAGGCCUGUUUGUAAUCCACAUCACCAAAGACGAAAUUGUUCGAGUGGGUGACAUUAAGAAAGUGCAUCAUGUAGAACUGAUGCCCUCGGAGCACCUCAUGGCCGUCAUCUCAGGCAGGAACCGACAAGUGUGUCUGGUCCCCAUGGCUGGGCUCGAUGGGAGGGAGAUUGACAAGAAUAAGGUGGCAGAUACUAAAAACUGCCAGGCACUGGUGUCUGGGGUUGUACGCAAUAGCACCUGCUUCUGCCUAGCCAUUAAACGGCAGAUCUCCUGCUACGAAAUUAACAAGAGCAAGUCUCGCUACUGCCAUCUGAUGGACAUACAAGCUCCAGGAAUUGUCCAGUGGAUGGCGCUCCUCGGUCAGCAGUUGUGUGUAGGCUACCAAGCGGGCUUCAUGCGAUACAGUGUGCAUGGAGAUGCCCCUCCAAUCAGCUUGCUUCACCCAGAUGACCCCACGUUGGCGUUUAUUAGGGCAGACAACUUGGAUGCCGUUUGUGCAGUGGAAAUCUCCAAUAAAGAGCUGCUGCUCUGCUUCAACAAAAUUGCAGUGUAUGUGGACACACAUGGCAGACGGUCUCGCCAGCAGGAGCUGAUGUGGCCCGCGAUGCCCACCGCCUGCUGCUACAACGCCCCCUACCUGUCAGUCUACAGUGAGAAUGCAGUGGAUGUGUUUGAUGUGAACACCAUGGAAUGGAUUCAGACCAUUCCUCUCAAAAAGGUCCGGCCAUUGAACAUGGAUGGCUCUUUGAAUCUCCUGGGCCUAGAGACGGUUAGACUCAUCUACUUCAGAAACAAGACUGCAGAGGGGGACGAACUGGUGGUGCCUGAGGUGUGUGAUAACAGCAGGAAGCAGAUGGUACGCAGCAUGAGCAACAAGAGACGAUUCUCAUUCCGUAUUCCUGAGGAGGAGAGACUGCAGCAGAGGAGAGACAUGCUGAAAGAUCCAGAGAAAAGGAACAAGUUGAUCUCAAAUCCUAUGAAUUUUAACCAUGUGGCUCAUAUGGGUCCUGGCGAUGGAAUGCAGAUCCUCAGAGAUCUACCAAUGAAUGUGCGUGCUCAGGACAAUCGAGCCGGCUUCAGCGGUUCCGUCAGCAUCCCCUCAAUCACCAAAAACCGAGCUGAACCUGGGCGAUCCAUGAGCGCAAGCAGCGGCCUGGGAAUGCGGUCCUCGUCUCAGAACGGCAGCGCUUUGAGGAGAGAGCUUUCGAGCGGCAGCUACAGCUCUAAACGCCAGACCAUGACGUCGCCCUCCGAGAGCUCGCUGUCGUCGGGAGGGGGGAUGGACUUGGGCGAAGCGCCGCUCUCUCAGUUCGAUAGAGAGUGGCAGGCAGUAUCGCCCUCGGAGAAGACCCCUGAUCUGAAAAGGGCUUUAAGGACCCUGCUUAGUAAAAUGAAGGACUCCGAUUCGCCGCGGCACUCCACUGCCUCCAACAGCUCCACCUUCAGCAGCCCGCCGAGCCCCGCCUCCCCGCACAAGACAAAGUCCCUCUCGCUGGAGAGCACAGACCGCACGGCGUGGGACACAUGAUGGACUCAGCAAUGAGCCAAUCACAACAAACUCUUGAGUCUGCCCCUCCCAUAGAGUCGCACCCAGGCACUACAGGCCCCUCCCACUUAAUUUGCAUAAAGGAUCACCACUGCGGGAACAUACAAAGGACAACCCACACCGACACGAGCGUUUGUAUGUCUGAGCGACCAGGACACGCGGAAGCCGAUUGGACGAAAAAGGGGGACGUUUUAAUGUGACUGGUGUUUGUACAUAGACCGGGUUAGGGGUCAACUUUUAUUUAUUUAUCAUUCAGCCAUUUCAAGGUGGAAAAUACUGUCACGUCCCUCACACUGUUCUUCAGCUGUGAACCGUACGGGAAGGAUGAUUCCAUUCUAGAAUCCCACAAAAAAAAAUGCAAUGAUGUAUAUUUUUUAUUUGCUUUUAAAAGUGACGUGUGCAGUGAUUCGUUUGUUACUUCAGCUAAAUGGAUGAGAGACCGCAGAUAUCGGGCGACCUCGUCUAUCGCUUCCUGUCCUAGAUUUGUAGGAAUUUAUAGAGGCUUUCUGACAAGACGACAUCUUGGAAAUCUGUUACCGUAAUUAUCGCCAGUCUCCGUGUAAUCCGAACCUUCCGUGAGCCAACAUGACCUGUGAAAACGCAUCACAGUAAUGUACAUAGGUUAAAAGUAUAGUAUAAUAUAUAAUAAGGAAAUAUUGAAGAGAUAAACUAUGUGGAAAAAGAAAAUCUCGUUGCUUUUAUUUUUUAAAAAUUAUUUUAAUAUACUCUCGCCAAGACCAUUUAAAAAGCUUUAGUUGCAUCGGUUAUUUUAGACUUUUAUUUUUGGUUUAUGAGACGAUAUUGCCUUGUGUAUUUAAAUUUUUUGUUUCUAAAUGACAGGAAUUUGAAGAUUUUUUUUUGAGACACAGCUGUUUUGCUUCAAACGUGCUUUAAUUAUAAAACCCGCGUCUCCGUUUUGCUUUAUUGAAUGACAGUACAUGCAUUGACCGAAACUGUACAAAUAUCAGCAAGGUUGCAUACAAAUAUCAUAUUUCUGCAAUCUAGAAGCUAUUAAGUCCAUAUUGUGGAACUGGUCCAACAUGUAAUCUGAGAUUUGCUUGGUUUUGUUCCUGGAUGGGUUCGUCUAAUGUUACACUAUGGGAAAUACUUACCGCACUUUGCUUCACCCACAUAGUUUGGCUCUUUCUACUUUGGAAAAAAUGUCUUUUCAGAAAACUUUUUUCAUGGAUAAUUUAGUAAUUUUAUCCCGUUAAGUGUUAAAACAUUCACCACUGCUAUUAAAUGUAAGGUUAAACUUUACCAUUAAAAACUAUUGCAAAAAUCUGCUCCCACAAUGCCAGGAUGUAUUUGUCAUUAUGCGGUUGUCAGCCUGCGUUUCUUUCCUUCUCCGAGGAAAAAGAAAUGUUCAAAACUUCUCAGAAGUCACUCGUUUAAUAAGCGACACAAGCUUCACUUUGUUCCUUAUUCAGUUAGCCGUUGAUUGAAUCAGUUGCACUCCUAGGCUUCACGAAUUGGUUUGUGCACCAUAUUCUGUUCCUUCCAUAAAGUGGGAAACUCUGGCAAUUUGAUUAUUUUUGUUAAACGUUUUUUAUAAUUAAUUGGCUCUCGAUUUUGUAGCAUCAUUCCAUCUGUAGAAAGCACAUUAGAGACUAGUAAAAUUGAAAUGUCUUUGCAUUUCACCAACCUCUCAGACAUUACAUUUAUGUGCUCAGUCUCAUCUCACUUCAUUCGUUCUUUGGGAUAAUGCUUUGUAAUCAUUUGUACAGUUUUGCAUGUCAUAAUUGAUAAUUCCAUUUGUUCCUCGGUUGUGUUUUGUCUCUCACUCACUUGACAAAGGUGGAUAUCACUUCAAGCAAUGAGGAAUCGUUUUGCACAGAUGUAUCAAUCAAAGACUGGGUAAACUGGCCACUAUGCAUAUAUGGAGACGUUGCUAUAUUAACCUGACGCUGAUGUAAUUCAAUAAAUGGAGGGAAAUGACACACACGGA